UUGUCUUCCACAAGCAAUGUAGGGAGAAGCUGAGACUGGAGAGACUGAGCGAGCAUGAGAGCAACGGGGAGCGGCACACACUGACCCGAAUCCAGCCGAGUCAGGGGGGUGGCUGGCUGGCUGGCUGGCUGGCUGGGGUGGGGUUGGAAAUAAACCUGACACCAACAUAGGCGGCAAGGCACUGAUAGCAACAGCUAAGGCAUGCUAACUGGGCAACUCCGCUUAAAGGGACUAGGAGGAAAACACUGCAGCAGGUCUGGGCGGGUGCUUUUAUAUGUUUAUCAGCUGAAAAGAACGGUUCGGCGGAAACGUGUUGCUUUUUCAGACCGCAUUUUGAAAACGAAAAAAAAUAAUAACUGUUUAUUCUCUCGUGUUUUGACAAUGUACAGUUGCAUUGGAUAGUGUUGCUGGUUCUGUUAGAUGUGACAUAGCUCCUGUGAUUCCACCAGUGGGUCCGGAAUCUACUGUCAGCAGAUCUGGGUUUAUUUAGAUUACGUCGGAGACUGGCAGAUAGAGAUAGUUAAUAACAUAUUGUACUGUUCCUGAAGAGGACCGCUGGGUUAGAUAUCGCCCACUUUUCGGCUGUUUUGAAUGGGGGGCAAACAAAGCACUGCGGGGCGGUCCCGAGGAGGUUUUCCGGGCGUCUCCACAGACGAUAGCGCGGUUACCCCAGCGGCCCACUUCGGGCACUACCGGACGGGCGGCGCUAUGGGGCUGCGCAGCCGCUCGGCCAGCUCGGUUGCUGGCAUGGGAAUCGACCCCAGUGUUGCAGUGCCGUUCGGUUUUUACGCCACUCGCUCGACUGGUGAGUCAGACAGGACCGGCAGAGGCUCCGGGUCGGACUCCCGUGGUAACGGCUUCCAUGAGACAAGUAGCGGGCAUCACACAGAUGGAAUGCUGUAUCUUGGAUCCAGGGGGUCGCUAGCGGACGCGUUACCACUCCACAUCGCUCCUAGGUGGUUCAAUGCACACAGCGGUUUUAAGUGCCCCAUUUGCUGUAAGUCUGUAUCAUCCAAUGAGAUGGAGGUUCACUUUAUAAUGUGUCUCAACAAGCCCCGCCUCUCUUACAAUGAUGACGUGCUGAGUAAGGACGCUGGCGAGUGUGUGAUCUGUUUAGAUGAUCUGCAGCAGGGAGAUACAAUAGCCAGACUCCCCUGCCUCUGCAUUUACCAUAAAAGCUGUAUAGACUCCUGGUUUGAGAUAAACAGGUCUUGCCCAGAACACCCCUCUGACUGACCCAGGCUGGACAUCCCUUCAUUACUAUUACAGGGCACUUUAUGGACUUGGCCUAAACUUGCAUACCUGGAGAUCUGGACACAGAAACAACCAAAAAAUCAAUG